AUGUUCAACAACGUGGGCGAUGGUGCAAUCACUUCAGCCCAGAACGAUUUGUUGAAUGCAGAUAUCGGCGCAGCAAUGCAGACGCCGUCCACUCCCUCGCGUCAAGCGAUAAUCGCCCAGGCACAGGGCUGGUAUACAAAUGAUUUCGCCCAGAGCUGUGCUCCCCAGAGCAGGCUGCGCGCUUUUGCAGCGGCCGCAGGUCCUAUUUCUUUGUUCUACGAGACGCUUACGCAUCAAAUCGUCGAGAUGCGAUCUGACAACGGAUGGGCCAAUACCGGCUUCCUCCAAGAUAACGUCUUGCCCGGUACCGAAAUGGCCGAGAUGCAUUCGCCCGGUGGCUACCUCGCCAUAUUGUUCUUUCAGGAUAAACAAGGCUACAUAUGCUACAGAAAGGCGAGCGGGGUAGUUUGGGACGACGAGACACAGGCAACUUGUAACGGUAGUAUAGUAGUACCGUAUACGCUUUGUAAGCCGCCGCGAGGCGGCAUGAUGCAAUAG